AUGUCUUUAAAUAAGCAGCAAUUUCUUACUCUCCCAAAUGAAUUGCAUUCUCUCUCAGACGCUGGUUUUGAAGUGGAUAGAAUUCAUGUGAAGCGUAACUCUGCCGUCGCUCAGCUCUACGAAGACGCUGUCCAGAAAGAAGGCGCUGUUAUUUCCUCCAACGGCGCUCUCAUCAACUUCUCUGGUAAGAAGACUGGCCGCAGUCCCCGCGACAAGCGUAUCGUCUUUGAAGAGACCUCUAUGGACGAUAUCUGGUGGGGCCCUGUGAAUAUCAGAAUGCCUGAGCAUGUUUUUGAAAUUAAUCGCGAACGUGCCAUCGAUUACCUCAACACACGCGAUGAUGUUUACGUCGUUGACGCUUUCGCUGGCUGGGAUCCAAAGUACAGAAUCAAAGUUAGAGUCAUCUGUGCUAGAGCAUACCAUGCUCUCUUCAUGCAGAAUAUGCUUAUCAGACCAUCCAAAGAGGAAUUGGACAAUUGGGGCGAACCUGACUUUACCAUCUACAACGCUGGUCAAUUCCCAGCCAACAGAUUCACUGCCGGUAUGACUUCCGCCACCUCGGUUGAAAUUAACUUCAAGCGUAUGGAAAUGGUUAUCCUAGGUACCGAAUACGCUGGUGAAAUGAAGAAGGGUAUCUUCUCUGUCAUGCACUAUCUCCAACCAGUCAAAUUUGGUCAAUUGUCUUUGCACUCUUCCGCCAACGAGGGUGAGAAAGGUGACGUCACUCUCUUCUUCGGUUUGAGUGGUACAGGCAAGACCACUCUCUCUGCAGACCCCCAACGCAAACUUAUCGGUGACGAUGAACACGUUUGGGCUGAUAACGGUGUCUUCAACAUCGAAGGUGGCUGUUACGCCAAGACUAUCGGUCUCUCUAAAGAGAAGGAGCCUGAAAUCUACAACGCUAUCAAAUUUGGCUCUGUUUUAGAAAACGUCGUCUAUGAUUCUCGUACACGCGAACCAAACUAUGAAGAUGUCAUGAUCACCGAGAACACUAGAUGCGCUUAUCCAAUCGAGUACAUUGAGAACGCCAAAAUACCUUGCCUGAGUAGAAAUCAACCAUCAAAUAUCAUCAUGUUGACUUGUGAUGCUUAUGGUGUUUUACCACCAGUCAGCAAACUCACCGAAGAGCAAGCCCAAUACCACUUUAUUGCAGGUUACACCUCCAAGACGCCUGGAACUGAGGAUGGUAUUUUGGAGCCAUCACCAACAUUCUCCACUUGCUACGGUCAGCCAUUCAUCGUAUUGCAUCCAGGUAGAUAUGCCAAGAUGUUGGCAGAGAGGAUGAACAAAGCCAACACUAACUGCUGGUUGAUCAACACUGGUUGGGUUGGUGGUAAGUUUGGUGUUGGCAAGAGGUGUCCAUUGAAGUACACUCGUGCUAUCAUCAACGCCAUCCACGACGGCAGCUUGGGCAAGAGUGAAUUCGAGCCUUUCUCCAUCUUCAACCUCCAGAUUCCAAAGAGCAUCGAAGGCGUGCCUUCAGAGCUUCUCAACCCAUCGAAAGCAUGGAAGGACACUGCUGCACUUGACAAGGAGAUUAACAAGCUUGGCGGUCUCUUUAACGGUGCUUUCGACAAGUAUGCCCAAGGUCUUUCCCAGGCUGUCAUCAACGCUGGUCCCAAGCUUGCCAAGUAA